CGAAUCGAGGUGUUGAAUUUGGUUGUUGUUAAACGAAGAGAGGGAAGAUUGCCUUCCCAUUCGUGAGGAGGUGCAUGUAUACGUCAGUGGCAAGGACGGAGGAGGUCGCUAAAAGGAAAGAAACGAUAAACCUAUGUUUUUAGAGUGAGCAAUUGCUUUUAAGGUCUUGCUGAUACAGAAGCAUAAAAUGAAAAGGAUUGUUUCAAGCUGUGAAAUAUUUUACCACUGAACUUGUUCGGCUGACGGAGUUACUGUAGAUACAAAUUUGAACGCUUGUUCAAUUUGGAAGAAUUUCUACUUAUAAUGGCCACCCGGAUAUGAUACUGCAGCCGGUCAACAUUUCCUUCUAACAAGACCUGUUGGCUCAUUAAAAAAAAAAACCUUCGGAAAUUAUAAGUCCUAAAUUGUCCUUAAAUCGCUGGCGACAGACGAAGUCUUCUCAAAAACAGUUGAUUUUUUCAGGCGAAUCUUUUUUCCCCUCUAUUAACGUUCCUGUUUUCAGUGACAGAACCCAAUGCCUGGAUACUAUUCGACCUUUGUAUACUAACUUUUCAGAUAUAAGAUAAGGUAUUUUAUUCGAGAUAGGUCGCCUAAGCUUUUGGAAAAAAAUGACUCAUUUAUUGGAACGGGGCAAAUUAACGCAAACUUUGAGAUAUAUAUAUAUAUUUUUUUUCAUUUUAGAAUCAUGUCCACAGGCUUGGAUGUACCUUAAAGGCUUUUGCUACAAGUUCUGAUCCCAGUCCUUAACCUGGAACGCAGCAAAAACCGCCUGUGAGAAUAUGGGGGCUAUGCUAGCUGUGGUGGAUUCAAAAGAAAAGCAAAACGGGAUUGCAACCAAAUUAAAGGGCCAAAAUCAUUGGAUUGGUUUGUACAGGGAUCCUGAAACACUUCACGUUGGCUGUGGGUUGACUGGUCACGACUUAGUAACGGUUGUGGUUACUGGAGUGCAGGAGAACCUAAUAACUACAAAGGCAGAUUUGAAGGUUGCGGUGAGAUGUGGUCCUCGAAAUCCGGACUUUGGAAUGAUGAAAGUUGUUCGACGAAACGCCGCUACAUCUGCCAAAAGAAGGCGUGUCCUAAAGUUGGACAGAGUGAAGACGAACCCUUGCGAGAGGAACUGGAGGAAGGCUCUGCACAAGUCAGUUGAUUUUGAUGGAUGGACCGAUUUACAUAGGGGGCUUGUUUGUUAAGUUACAUGCUUUUUAGGUAGUUUUGCAAAGGGGAAUGUAAACGAUAGCUUAUAGACUGCAAGCAGUCUCUCUUUUGCUCGGAAAUCUUAGGAAAGAACGCAAAACAAGUGAGUGUGCGAGCGCGACAUGCGGCCGGCGAGCGGCGAAGCCGUGAGCCGCGAGUUGCGCGGCCGUUGGACGUCUUCCGACGCCCGCGGUACUUGCGGCUCACCGCUUCGCAUGUCAUGCUCGCACGGACCACUCACUUGUGUUGCGUUCCUCUUUUUGUUCUUCCCACGGAAUUUCAAGCGAAAAAGAGACUGCUCACAGUCUAGGAACACACUCAAACAAUGGGUUGCUUUGGAGAUUUUCAGUGGGGUUUGCCUAGCAAUAAAUAUUUGAAACGGUCAAAAUUCGACUAUUAUUUUGUUUCUUGGACUAGGGAGUCUGGCCAUCCUACAGAGUGAAUUGAUUUGAAGGUUACUUCCAUGUUUAAAAUUAUCCACAUACAUUUUGUGUGGUACGUUACAGAUAUCAUCUCCUUGGUCGACUUAAUACCGCUUUCUUGUUUUAUGCCUUUAAUCGUUUUCGCUAGGUCUUUUUCUUCCCCCUUCGUUUCUCCAUAAAAAACCUGUUUUGGAAUAUUUAAAACUAGACAGUUGAUAGCUAUGGAGUUAGAUAGCAACUGGACACAGAGACACAAAUUCGGCAAUGUGCAAAUAAUGUGCGGGUAAGAGAUUGUCAAGGUAAGAGAGUGAAUCCCCCAUAUAGGCC